ACUCAGCGCCAGCUAGAACACCAUCUCCCAGAAUGCUUUGCGUUGUCCUACGCCUGCGUCAGAAGUGCGACGAACAUCUUUAACAAAACAAGGCAAACACGGGUGAUUUUAUCGUAAUUUAACAAUGGAGUCGGAACAGGCAACAGAAAAUGUUGCUGCAGACCAGCCAGCACCCACUCCCCCUCCUCCCGCCUCCCAGUCGAAGAAGUCAAGUCAGGCUACGAACAAGCAAAAAUCUCAGGGAUCCAAAGAAAAAAAUCAGACUCAGGGAGACGUAAAACCAAGACCCAGGCCUCGCUACACAGACAAGGCGAAGAAAAACGCCAAGAACAAGAAGGACAAGGCUGGAGCCGCGGAUAAGGAAGCACCUGUUGAAGAAGAGGUGCAGAAUGGCGAUCCUGAAGUGACGGAAGAGCGCCUGCAUGAUGCAGAUGAACCAGUGAACGGGCAGCCUGACCCAACCAAUGAAGAGCCUGACGCUACCUCUUGGCUGGAAGCAGCCUCUGAGGAAGGGGAGGAGGAGAGUUGGGACACCUUGUUCAACGAUGAAGGCGAUUCUCUGGAACCGCAACUUGAAGAGCUGACUUUGAAGGAAUGUAAAAAGAAGAAGAAGUCAGUCCAGGCGGCCAGCGCGGACGGAGAUGACAGCAUCGAGCUCACAGAGGAUGAAAUUGCUCACGUUGUCGAGAUCUAUGACUUCCCGACUGAAUUUAAGAGCGAUGACCUUCUGAAGUUGUUUCAGUGCUACCAACAGAAAGGAUUUGAGAUCAAGUGGAUUGAUGACAACCACGUCCUGGGCCUCUUCUCUCAUCCCAUAGCAGCUCGUGAAGCUUUAAGAACCAGACAUCCUCUCAUGAAGUUGCGACCUCUCUCCCAAUCCUCUUCCGAAAUGAAGGCCAAAGCUCGUAGCUCAGACUGCCUCCUGCCUGCUAAAGAGAGACCUCAGACCAGUGCGAUGAUGGCUCGCAAGCUUGUGAUCGGUGCCCUCGGUGUGAAGAGCAACCAGACGAAGGAGCAGGUCGAGGCCGAGAAGAAGAAGCUCCAGGAGGCGAGAGAACAAAAGCGCCUGGCAGCCAAACAGAAGGAAGACGCCUGGGAGGGGAAGUGAUUGGACAGAAACGACUGUUUAUUUUUGUUUGUUUCUUAGAUUUCUCGUUUCGGCGGAGGCUUACGUCCUCCCUGUUUCUUCUCCUGCUCUGUUUUUGUCAACUGGCCACUCCUUCCUACCGCCACAUUUCCCCGAAAUGGAUUCCCACCAUUUUGUCCUUUUGGCCACACGGUCCUCCACCAACUGUUACUGACGGUCCCAUCAUUCUCUGUCUGUUCGCUCGCAGUGUUGCACCAGAUUCAGUUCUCGUUCGCUCGUUUUUAUGUCCACGCAGGGAGCUUUUGUAUCUGUGCCAUGGCCGAGGCUCGAACAAUCCACUCGCCUGGUUGUCUUUCACAUUUCUUCGCAUCGUAACCACAGUCUGUAGCCUUCUCCGUGUCCAAUUGAAUAGAUCUUAGAAAACGUGUUUGUCUUUAUUUUUUUUAAAGCUCUCAGAAGUAAAUCUUGUAAAUAUGAGGGAAGCGAGGUCUUCCGUUGAUAUUCAUGACCAUACAGUAUAUCGCUAUACUCUAUAUGAAGACAUGUUUUUGGAUUAGACUUUUGUUUGAGGACCUCUUAGCUCGUUAUUAAAACAUUUCUGAUAAGUCAAAAGCUCCUAAAAGCUACCGCAGUUGGUCUCUUCCAGUUCCAUCUGUUAAAUCCUAAAGAUGUACAUAUUCUGUAUUGUGUUCUCAUCUGAAACCAUUCUCCAUCAGAGGACUCCUCUGUCCAAGCAGAAGUGAUGAUGAUGAUGAUUCGGUUGUCAUUCUGACAUAAAAUGUUGACAGAGAGAUUGUCUUCAUAUUGCCAGCCGGUUUUUAAAAAAAAAGGAAAAGCAAUUUGCGGUAAGAAACAGAACUGCUAUUAUUCCUGUCAUUUGACCUCUGCACUUAACCCGUCCUAAACAUUUAGGAGCAGCACUGUCAUGUAACAACAUUUUUUGGGGGUAACGAGAUGUUGAUGUUUACCAUUUCAAGACGUUGUGGAUAACACACAUUUUAUCGUAUAUUUGGAAACUAUUUGUGCUCAGUCACAGAACAAGUCAAUAAACAUGAAUUCAACUUUUUGAGCAGAUAUUGUAUUUUAGCUGCAUUGAUUUUAUUUUGUUUUACGCUGAAUUGUAUUCAUGAAAUGAGUUACUCGACUUAUCUCACGGAUAUUCUUUGGGUGAUAUGUUUCCGCUCCAUGGAGUUGAAGUAUGUGAUCUAAUGGUUGAGAGGAUUCUCUAAAGCCUUGGGUUCUUCUCAACCACAACACGCUGUUCUUCUUUGUUCCUUGAACAUUGAGAUUUUAAACCUUUCACUAUAGAGAGAGAGAGAGACAAUGUUUGCUCAUUCAGAGUCAACCUUUCAUAAUUCAGCUUCCUGACACAGGGGAGACGUCAGUGACCGCUGGUGGGCAGCUGCCUCCGAGGCUUCACCCAGCCGACCACCUGACCACGUGACCCUGAGUCUCCUUCGCCUCCUCAGCCAAUCACCAAGUCGCUUUCUCCUGCUGCUCAAUUUGGCUUAAUGCAAAGCAUUUAAACUUUACAUCGUCUUCAAAAUAUGUUUCGCUGUUCACUUUUGGCCCGACUAACUGCUUCGAUGUUAGUGAACGUUCUAACGUAGUUAUAUAAAUGUUUGCACAGUUAUUGAGAGUAUUUGUGUGAUAUUCUACUCAACCAGUACUGUAUACGUGUACACCAGUACACUGUGUACACCAGUACACUGUGUACACCAGUACACUGUGUACACCAGUACACUGUGUACACCAGUGCAGUUCAUGGCUGCUGGUGGAGUUCAUUAGCUGAGGCGACUGAGACACAGGGCCACGUGGCUCCCAGUGGGCUGAUUGAAGAGCUGCAGCCUAAUAAGUUCAAUUUGGAAUUCAUAUCUUUUUGACUCCGCAUUAGACAAUUAGCAUGGCAACAUAACAUUUGCGCUCUUCAAAUACGAUCUCUGCAUGCGUUAAACUCUUUCCAAAGUUCCCUUGUUUCCAAAGAUGUCCGAAGCAUCAGGAAUUGAUGGAUUAUUAAUGAAACUUUUUUUUCAGAAUGUGUUUGAAGUGUUUUAGGUUGGACAUAAAGCAAGGAGUGUAAUUUAGUGAGUAGUUAUUAAAAACAACUAAUGGCAUUGUGUGUGUGUGUGUGUGGUAGGUUUUCUUUAUGCAUGCUGUUGUGUAAUAAUUUGUCAACUUUUUUUCAUGAAGUCAACAUAAUGUGAUAUAAAGGUAAAUAUGCAAAGAA